ACUCACAACCGCCAUUAUUGAGGCUGGGUUACAUCAGUAGUCCUGAAACUCCCUGAAUGCUGUUUGUACAACGGCAUAACAAAUGAAGAUAACUCGUUGAGCCCCAUCGUGAUGAUGCUGACUCGCCUUUUCAGGCUGCACGGCCUGUUUGUGGCCUCUCACCCUUUGGAGGUGAUUGUAGGAACGAUUGCUUUGACCAUCUGUCUCAUGUCCAUGAACGCCAUCGCUGGUGGCGACCAAAUCUGUGACUGGAAGCAUCAGUGCCCUAAAGCGCAAGAGAAAAUCCUGAGCAGCGACAUCAUCAUCUUAACGCUCACCAGGUGCACAGCCAUCAUCUACAUCUACGUGCAGUUCAAAAACCUGAGACAGCUCGGCUCCAAGUACAUGCUCGGCAUUGCUGGACUCUUCACCGUGUUCUCCAGCCUCAUCUUCAGCAUCGUGGUCAUUCAUUUCCUCAGCAAAGAGCUCACAGGCCUCAAUGAAGCGCUGCCUUUCUUCCUGCUGCUGAUCGACCUGUCUAAAGCCUGCACGCUGGCCAAGUUCGCGCUCAGCUCAAACUCUCAGGAGGAGGUGAGGGAGAACAUCGCUCAGGGCAUGGCCAUCCUGGGGCCCACCUUCACCCUGGAUGCCGUGGUGGAAUGCCUCGUAAUCGGAGUAGGAACCAUGUCUGGUGUGCGGCAGCUGGAGUUGGUGUGCUGUUUCGGCUGCAUAUCCGUCCUGGCUAACUACUUCGUCUUCAUGACCUUCUUCCCUGCCUGCGUCUCUCUGGUGCUGGAGCUUUCGAGAGAGAGCAGAGAGGGCCGGCCCAUCUGGCAGCUGAGUCAGUUUGCUUGUGUUCUGAAGGAAGAAGAGGACAACAAGCCCAACCCUGUCACACAGCGCGUCAAAAUGAUCAUGUCUCUGGUGCUGGCACUGGUUCAUGCUCACACACGCCUGCUGGCCAAUUCUCCUUCCAACAACUCGUCUGGCUCGGCUGUGGAUCUUCGCGGCCCCAACAUGGACGCGCACGCACCCAUGACCAGUUUGGACAUGGAGCAGGUCAUCACUCUGUCUCUGGCUCUCUUGCUGGCUGUGAAGUACGUCUUCUUCGAGCAGGCAGAGACCGAGUCCUCCCUGUCAAUCAAAACCCCACAGAACUUCCUGUCCAAUCGGAGAGGAAGAGAGGAGUGCUAUAGGAGGGACGUAGCUUUACCCAGAAUCCCACACACGGCGAAUGCUAACACGAGUCCAGCUCUGCUUUCUGCUGUGGAUAUGAGCGAUAAAGACACUCAGGUUGUGUCGUGUCCUCCUGCUCUGAGGUGUACAGCAGAGGAAGAAGAGUCCGAGAAGAGAGAGAAACUUAAAACUCCAGUCCAUCCUCGUCCUCUAAACGAGUGCCUGAGUGUCCUCCGAGACCCGCAGCAAGGGCCGCGUUGCUUAACUGACACUGAGGUGAUCGCACUGGUGGAGAACAAAAGCAUCCUGGGAUACCGCCUGGAGGCGGAGCUGGAGACUCCAGAGAGAGGCGUGGCUAUACGGAGGGAGAUGUUGGGGUGUAAGUUGCCCUGCCCCUCAGCCCUGGAGAACCUCCCCUACACAGGUUACGACUACUCUAAGGUAAUGGGCACAAACUGCGAGAAUGUGAUUGGCUAUGUGCCUGUGCCAGUGGGUGUGGCCGGACCGCUGCUAUUGGAUGGAAAAGAAUUUUAUGUUCCCAUGGCGACGACAGAGGGGUGUUUGGUCGCCAGCACCAACCGCGGCUGCAGGGCCAUCACUCUCUCCGGUGGAGCGAGUGCCCGUGUCCUGGCUGAUGGUAUGACUCGGGGUCCAGUCGUACAGCUGCCUUCAGCGUGUAAAGCUGCAGAAGUAAAAUCCUGGCUGGAGAGUUCUGACGGCUUCAGUGCGCUGAAACACACCUUCGACAGAACCAGCAGGUUUGCUCGGCUUGACCGACUGCAGGUCUGUCUGGCUGGCAGGAACCUCUACAUCCGCUUCCAGUCUCAAACCGGUGACGCCAUGGGCAUGAACAUGCUGUCUAAGGGUACAGAAGAGGCACUACGCAGGCUGCAAGAACAGUUUCCUGAUCUGCGUGUGUUAGCAGUCAGUGGAAAUUACUGCACUGACAAAAAACCUUCAUCAGUCAACUGGAUCCACGGCCGAGGAAAAUCCACCGUGUGCGAGGCCACGAUCCCGGCUAAAGUGGUCCGAGAGGUGCUCAAGACCAGCACUGCAGCUCUGGUGGAGCUGAAUAUCAGUAAGAACCUGGUGGGGUCAGCGAUGGCCGGCAGUAUAGGCGGCUUCAACGCGCAGGCCGCCAACAUCGUAGCAGCAGUUUAUAUCGCGUGUGGACAGGACCCAGGUCAGACAGUCGGCAGCAGUAACUGUAUCACUCUGAUGGAGGCUGUCGGGCCGGACGGAGAGGAUCUGUGUAUUUCCUGCACGAUGCCGUCUAUAGAGCUGGGCACCAUUGGAGGGGGCACAAACUUACCACCACAGCAAGCCUGUUUGCAGAUGCUGGGUGUACAGGGUGUGAGUGCAGAGCAGCCCGGGGAGAACUCGCGCACGCUAGCACAGGUAGUGUGUGCGGCGGUGAUGGCGGGAGAGCUCUCGCUCAUGGGCGCACUCGCUGCUGGACACCUCGUCAAGAGUCACAUGACUCUCAACAGAUCAAAAGUUAACCUUCAAGAAACGUCGAUGAAGCUUCCGUCCUGAUGGUGCAUUCUAGGAAACAGGAGUCUACAAUAUAACGACUGCCAAAAUUGACACUCAGGACACUUUCUCUCAAAUCUACGUUUGGGUUUCUGGAGCAGCUUUGCACAAGUGUUUGGACAGUGAUGAAUGUGUGUGUGCUAACAGUGAAUUAUUGAGACAUGAUGAAGCAGUGCGAUGGUACUAAAGCAGAGAUCAUGUGUGAGAAAGCGGCGGUUAACUACGCAACGUUUUAUCACUACUACAAGCCCGGUCUUCGUUUCACUAAAUUCCGGAUGUGUCUGUCUGCUUUAUUUUGAAGGUUGAAUAAGUAAGUUCAGUGUGUGAAAGUGUUUAAGUCACUGGAUUAUAAACAAAAUGGCUGAAGUAACAUGCUGAAACUGAAUAUACUAAGCUAGUUUGAUUAAGAAUUUAAAGAAACGUAUUGUAACCUUUUAUCUGUUUACAGUUACGUGUAUUGUUGCGGGACGGCCACGAAACUUAGAGCUCUAACAGUUGUUCUGUCACUUUUUGGCCUCCAACAGGGGAGUGUGCAGACAGGCACUGUUCUGCACAAUAAAAUCACAAAGCCAUAUGCUCAGCUUCUUAAACCUUAAUUAUAUUAGUUGUUUAUUUAACUUCACCAUAGCUGUAUUUUUGUUUUAUAAAAUGCCAAAUAAAAAAAAAGUGCUGUUAUUCAUAGCAA